UUCGGUUUUGGUUUUGCUUCGAUCUCACUAAACGCAGUGGUUUAUGAAAUUUAAACAGCCAGAAUAUAAAACUCGUGCAGAACUUUUACAAUGUUUAACCGGUUGAAUCUUGUGCUGUUUUGUCUCGUCUAUCACAGCGGAAACACCUCUAUAUCUGUGAGAGGAAAAAAUGGAGUAAAUGUCACACUAACAUGUGAAUCUGAGGUCAAUAAUAUUGUUCACACUGAGUUAUUCAGUGAGUCAGAAGAGAUAGAUGUGUGUCAGGAUGAAGAAUGUAGUGUUCGAGUGUUUAAAGAAGGAAACUGUGACGUCGUCAUCAAGAAUCUGAGCUUCAGUGACGCUGGGAAAUACUACUUGCAUGUCUAUUACACUAAUGAUCAGACAGAGCUGAAGCGACUAAUCAGGACGUACCAUCUUCAUAUUCAUGAUGAGAUUACUGUGAAAACAGGCGAGGAGCUAAAGAUGUCUGUUCUGUUGUCUAAUGCUGAUAAAGUGGAGAAAAGCUCUAGUGGAGAGUGGAGGGAGGUUUGGAAGAGAGACCACGGGGUCUGGAGUAACCGACUGAUGGAUACUGAUGGGAAUCUGAUCAUUAAAUCAUUUCUGGACAGAGAUGCAGGAACAUACAGAGUUCUGGACACUGAAGGAGAAAUCUUGAUCACACUCACAGUCACAGAAUCAGGUACAGAAUCAAAGGACAAACUGAGCUUCACAGAUAAAGACAAAACUGAAGACACUGAACAACAGACGAAAUGGAUUGUGCCAGUUGUAGUGUGUUUGGUGAUUCUGGCUGUGAAUGUGAUUUCUGUCAUCAUAUGGCGACAUCAGCACAGAGGUCACACACAGGUUCCAGUACAGGAGAAUACAGAGCCUCCACACAUACUGUAGAAACUGGAGAAAUCUAGUAGAAUGCAGUAGAAUUACCAGAAAUCAUCAUAGAUAAAGGUGAUCAACGUUAUGUUUAUUUGCACUGAUCAUUCACUCUAAGACCAGCAGAAUAUGAAUAUGAUCCCACAGCAUAACAGAGCAACUAGAUCCUCUGAUUUUACUGUAAUUUAUAUGUAUUUCUAUGUAUGUUCUGCACUAUCAUGUUUCUUUCCAUCUUCAGAGUUUUUUCUUGCUGCUGUUGCCUGUUACUAUUCUU